AUGUUCCUCGAAUUCGAUACCGCGGGUAUUAAGGACCCCUUCAAACAGAGCGCAUCUGCGGAGAACGGAGGGAGCAAUGCCGCCAGUAGGCUAGUGCACAUUCGAAACCAGCAGAGAAACGGCCGCAAGAGUGUCACAACCGUUCAAGGUCUUGAAGAAACGCUGGACCUCAAGAAGAUGGUCCGUGCCCUCAAAAAGGAGUUCAGUUGCAACGGGACGGUCAUCUCACACGCCGAGUACGGUUCUAUCAUCCAACUUCAAGGCGACAAGCGUCACGACGUCGUACGAUUCCUGGAACGCGAAAAUCUCGUGUCGCCUGACCAAAUCAGGAUUCAUGGAGUUUAA